AUGCAAAAAAACACUUCUCAUUUCAUUCUUAUGAUCAUUUUGUUUAUCACACCUCAUUAUCUAGCCUUCAACACCGGUGGUGGAGAUGGUGGAAGGGAGAUGACCACCUCGGAAACAUCUCCAUCCCCUAGUGGUGAUGAAAGUGGUGCAACACGUGGACCUAACUGGGAUUACAACUGGGGUUGGGGUUCUAGUCCUGGAGGAGGAUGGGGUUAUGGCUCCGGCUCAAGUAGGUCGCCUAAUGGGUUAGGUCGAGGCUGGGGGUUUGGUUAUGGUUCUGGUGGUGGUGAUAGUAGUGGCUCAAGUGGCUAUGAUAGCGACCUCGCGCCAUCAAUUUCAAAGGAGAGAGAUAAUCGUGGAUAG